AUGUUUGCCGCGGAUGGUACUAUGCUUCACGGUUCCUUAAAGAGCACCUUACUGGACAUUCUUGAAAAGCUUGAUACAGGAAGAAACAUCGAAGGUUACACUAAAGAGGAUUUGUAUGCCAGUUUUUAUAAAAGCAGUUUGAUCGCUGUCAGUAGUUAAAGUGACAGUAAUAGUUUUUUUUAGGUGGGAUGGGGCAUUCUCCUUAAAGAUAAAGACAGUGGAGCAGUGGAACAGAUACUAUACCGGGAAGCUUCGCGUCUAGAGGAAAGCUGGCCUGUUGGAAAGCCUUUCUUGAAGCUGUCUAUUACACUUGCGGAUCUGGGGACAACUGCGAAGCCUACAUCAAGAGCCGUUGCUGUAAUUGAGAAGUUAGUCUGCCAGCUGUAG